AUGGCCUCCAAGACCUACAACGUCGGUAUCAUCGGCUACGGCUUCAGUGCCAAAAUCUUCCACAUUCCCUUCGUCGCGCAGAUCCCCGAGCUCAAGCUCUACGCGGUCGUGCAGCGCACCCCCAAGGCUGACGAUGACGCCGAGAAGGACCACCCUGGUGUGAAGUCUUACCGUACCACUGAGGAGCUGGUUCAGGACUCCGCUGUCGACAUCGUGAUCGUUACCACCGCUCCCGAGUCCCACUUUGCGCUCUGCAAGUUGGCGCUGGAGGCUGGCAAGCACGUCAUUUGCGAAAAGCCCUUCACCCCCACCUACAAGGAAGCUGCCGACCUUGUCGCAAUCGCUGACAAGGCCAACAAGUUGCUCGCCGUGUACCAGAACCGCCGCUGGGACGCCGACUACGUCACCCUCUCCAAGCUCGUCAAGAACGGUUCUCUCGGCCGCAUCUCCGAAUUCGAAACUCACUUCGACCGCCACCGCCCCGAGGAGCCUGCCACUGAUGUCUCCAAGUGGAAGAACAAGGUCGUGCCCGGUGGUACCGCUGUGCACGAUCUCGGCAGUCACCUUCUGGACCAAGCCGUGCACCUCCUCGGCCUCCCCCAGCGCGUGACCGGUUUCGUCGGCUCUUCGCGCGAGGUGAACGCCUCCGGCUUCGAGGACUCCUUCACUGUGCUUCUGCACUACGCCAACGGCACUCUGGUCACCGCCAAGGCGACCGUCGUCAGCCCCGAGGAGGAGCAAUUGCGAUUCUGGGUCCGUGGUGACAAGGGAAGCUUCAAGAAGUUCCACCUUGAUAUCCAGGAGGACCAGCUCAAGGCCGGUGUUAAGCCUGAGGAUAACGGAUACGGACGCGAGCCCAAGGAGCGCUAUGGUACUCUGACUACCAUCCAGGACGGCAAGCCUGUUAAGGAGAUCGUCCCUACCGUUGAGCCUCCUACCUACACUGAGUACUACCGGAAGAUUGCUCGCGCUCUUGCUGGCGAGGGUGAGCUUCCUGCUAGUGGUGCCGAGGCUGCUCAGGUUAUCCGGUUAAUUGAGCUGGCUCGUGAGAGCUCUGCGACUGGCCGGACUCUGAACGUUUAA